AUGAGGGAAAGUAUUUCUGUGAAAGAUGUAAUAGUGAAUGAAAAUACCGUAAGAAUACUCAAUGUUGUAAUGAAAGAAAAGCCUACUGCUGUAAUUGAAUUCAAAUCAGAAAAAGAAAAUCCAGAUAAGGAACAAGAAGAAACAAAUACAGAUAAUUUUGAUAAGAAUCAAGAAUUAUCUUCACCAAUGGAUGAUGAUAAUUCUACUAGAUCUGUAAAAUUGCAAACUACCCCAGAAUCUUUGUCUGUUACAAUUAAUUCAUUAGAUAAUGCAUUAGUUACCAGUGAAAAUAAUGAAUCUUCUGAAAAUAUCUCUGCGCACGUAUCGAAUACAGGUGUUACAUACCUAGAGGGUGAUUCGAAUAAAGAUAUUGCUCGAAGUAUAAUAAAAGUUCCUGAAAGAAAUGAUCAGAUAACCAGUCUGAAAAAAUGUAAUAAUGCUGUUAUAGAAAUCUCCAAUAUAAUAACCUUUGCUUAUAAAACAUAUUUUUCUACAGUUUUCAGUAACAUACCCUGUAUUAAAAAUAUUGCUGAUCAUAUUGAUGACCAAUCUCCUGAUAAAAGAGUUCCCAAAGAUAAAAAAUCUAAUGGUUUUCAUACAAGUCUUGGAAAUACAGGUGUUGAACAUGAUAUUACAGUUAUCAAUAUUCGCAUGAGCACUGCUGAAGAAGGUACUCCUGAUCAACGUAUCUAUGAUAAUGGUACUAAUGAGGGAAUUAUUCGCAAUAGAAUACUUUUUGAUGAAAUGUAUAAUUGUGAAGAUUAA